AUGAAAGCGGAAAGGCAAACAGGAUUAAGAAAUAGUUUUACAACCGUAAUCGGUCGCAAACUAAUAAACACUUUUGUUCCGUCCAUGAUGUUAACUAGCGUAGCUGGUAACGAUAUUUUUUUCCGAGGUUUAUUCAAAUCGCCGGUAUUAGCAUUUCAAAGUUAUCGUUAUGUUUCGAUUUUGGGACAAUUGAAACCGUCAGAUGGUUCUACAAAGUCUUUCAAAAGACUUGGGCGUGGUCCUUCCAGCGGUUUAGGUAAGACAUCAGGGCGUGGUCAAAAGGGUCAAAAGGCGCGUGGUAAAGUAAAAUCGUGGUUUGAAGGUGGUCAAACUCCAAUUUACAAGCUAUUUCCUAAAAUUGGAUUUACCAACGUUGGCGCCAAACCAUUAAAGGAAUUAAACUUGAAACGCAUUCAAUGGUUUCAUGAUAAAAAUAGGCUUCAUUUGCAACCAGGCGAGGUUUUAGACAUGAAUAAGAUGAGAAAGCUUGGUCUGGUAACUGGUCCCAUAAAGUACGGAGUUAAAAUUCUAGCCAGCGGAAAGUUCCACUACAAUCUACCGAUUGCUUUGGAGGCUUCUAGAGCAUCCGCUAAGGCUAUUGCGGCUAUUGAAAAAGCAGGAGGUAAGUUUACAGCUCGUUACUACACACCGUUGGGUCUAAGGGCACAUCUCAACCCCCAGUGGUUUCUUGAGAAGAGGGGAAGAGUACCACUACAGGCUAGACCCACGAAAAGAAGGGAUAUUGAUUUCUAUAGUAAAGAAGAGAAAAGAGGUUACCUAGUAAUGGAAAAAGAUAAACUCUUACAAGAUAUCAAAGAAGCUCAAAAUAAGGGUUCUAGACACUUUUUAAAACAGAAUGUAAAAAAGAGCUCAUUAGAAAUAGAGCUAGAAGAACUGUCUCCAGAGAAGGAUUGGGUGCCAGUUGUGUCUAAUUCUAAAGUCAUGAACAUCAAGGCUUUGGACCACUAA